AUUACCUCAAACAUUAUAACGAAAUUUGGUGGUUAUUUUUGGAAAUGGAUUUGUGGAAUCAAAAAGACCUACCCUCGCCGCCUGUUUUAAGUUUUAAAGCUGAAUCAAAAAAUAUAGAUCUAAAUAAAUUUCGACGCACCAUCAUUGACGCUCUCAAACACUUUAAAAGCAAAAAUUUUUUAGCUCGCGAGGCGGCAAUUUUGGCCAGAACCAUUUAUAGGAUGAAGAUGAAGUUUCGAAACUCCAAGGAAUUUAAAACACUGGAAAAAAUAAAUCGCGCUUUGAAAAACUACUACAGUGUAAACGUAGUGCGCGAUUUGAAACAGUUUUUGGAUUUAUUGCCAAGAGAAUAUGACGAUGAAAGCACUUAUUUACCUACUAAAAAUAUGCUAUGUUAUAUCCUAAUCAGAUUGCAGGGUUUAGCCAAAGUUAUGACUAGGAUUUAUGAUUCAUGUGAAAUUGCUGCAGAUUUAUUUAAAAAACGUUUGCUUGUCGGUCAUUUUUGGAAAAUUGCUAUUAUUGCCUAUGCCAUGGUGUCUAGAAUUUUUAUUUUGGUGAAGUUUUGUACCAAAUUCAUUUGUGAUACGUAUGGCAAACUCUAUUCUUAUUUAAGCUGUCUAAAGAAUCCUGGUGUGGAGUGGUUACCAGAAGGCUAUGUAUUGCCUGCUGAUUUGAGGGAAUGGUUAAAUGUUGCCUGGGUUUAUGAAGAAGAUUAUGUGGACUUGACAUUUGAGCCUGCUCCAAAGAUUUUUGAUUUCUUUGAUUUGUGUGGCGACAAUGAAGAUGUACUGUUUUGUGAUGAAUAUAUACUUAUUAAUGAUGAUGACGAAGUUGUUCAAAACAGGGGAAGGAAGCCUAGGUUGCUCAGGGAAGACCUGAUAAGUGGUAUAAGAGGGUUCAACACUGAUAAUGAUUUUGGAGAACCUAUCGAAAUUACUGACACAGAGGACACAGAUCUAAUACUUUAUAAGCCAGAGGACGGUAAUCAUGAAAUUAUUGCUGCUCCUGUUGAUAUUGGAGAGGUGAUUGAAAUUCAUUCUGCAGAUAACGAAUGUCAGCUUGGUGCUAUGGAACAAAUCGAAACUAGUUCGCCGGGAGUUGUGUUUGAGAAUGUUAUUUCAGGAAAUAUUGGCAAUGAAAUCGUAAACGAAAUAGUAAUUUUGGACCAGACUUCUUUAAACCCAAAUGAGAAACACUUAGCAAUCGCUAAACUUUCUGAUCAAACUCAAGAAAGUCAAUUACACAUAACUGAUGAAAAUCAGGAAAUGCUUUCAAAAGAAAAAACUAAAAGCAAAAACAAAACCUUAAGUUUAAAUAAAAACAAAACAGGCAACUUCAAACAGGAAAGAAAUAUUUUCCAGGUAAACAUGAACCACAGGCGGAAAAUCCGAGGGAAACUCUCAACCAAAGUAAAUCACUCAAACACAGCUAGGAAUAAUGUUAAAGGCGUUUGCAACUGGAAAAUUGUAACCAGUACUCCUUUGAGCAAAGGGGUACAAGUUGAAAAUGUGAUUGAGGAUAAACCAGAAAUCUCUGUCAUAAAGAAGAACACUCCUUUCAAAUUUAAAAAGAAAAGGAAUAAAAAAGGCAGAGGAAAAACAUCAACCGAUGUUGAUACCAAAAAAGCUAAAAAAACACACAAAAUACGUAUAAAUAAGAUCACUAACACAACAACUGAUAUAGAGCAAACAAGUAAAAAUAAUAAAAUACUUAAGUCAGCUGAUAGUUCCUUUAAGAUAGAUGUUACUGAAACGAAUAAAGAUACAGACAUACAAAAAUUAAGGCCAGCAACUAAACAAAAAAAAAAUGUUCGAAAAAAAUUGCAGAAAAAUAAUGUCGCAAAUAUUUACAUGGAUACAAGUAAUUUUAAUUCGCCUAUUCCUAGUUGCAGCAAAAAAAUACGAAACAGGCAGCGUAAAAGUUUUGGGAAUCAAACAAAAAAGAGUGGUAUCAAUUAUUCAGAUUCAGAUAUUAGCAGCAAGUGGGAGUCCAACAGUUACUUUAAACAUUCCACUUUAAGGUUAGGCAGUUCCAUAGAAUACUCUAAUUGCCCCAGUCUAAUAUUGAUUAAUAGCACUGAUGAUAAUCUUAUGAAAAACAAUAAAAUAAGCAGGGCAAGCAAAAAUAUUAAUGACAUACGGAAAAAAACAACUUCCAAAAAGGUCUUAAUAAAACGUAAAGCUGAAUUGAAUAAAAAUAAAUCAAAUGGAAGAAAAUUAAAGCCCAAGAAUGUUAGUCAAGAUCAAAGUGUGUUUGUAGUAUCUUUAACAUCAUCGAAGCCAAGCUUGUCAAGUAGUCCUAGUCAACAAAAAUCAGUUGAAACUAAUUUUUGUAACACUAUUGGGAGGAAGAGGACUCGCCUUGAACAAAGGCCCAUUUCAGAUAGACUUGGGAACAAGAGACAGAAAAUGUGAAAACCUAAAUCUUCAGCUUUUAAAUACUGUAAACAAAAAGAAAUAAACUAUAAUUUCUUGCAAUAAUGAUUUUAUAGAUAUUUUAAAUAAUUUGCAGAAAUACCAACUUAAAGUUACAGGUAAAUUUAUUACACUAAUAGUCUACACAAUUUUUAAAAUUACUCUGAUCCUAAGGGUAAGAGGUUUUCACCAAUAUGAACCCCAUUGUUUCCAAGAGUAAUUAAAUGAAGAGUAUUUUAUGGUUUCUGCGUGCAUAAACUGCUUUUGACUGAAAUCCGUAUUUUCUGAUAUCUGAAUAAUGCUAUUGGGAACUGGUUGAAUAAGAGUGACCUAUGCAGAAAAAGAAGACGCAAUCAGAAAUUUUCCAUUGGUACGAAAAGAAGAGAUUUAAAAGAGUUAUAUUUAAGCAGUAUAGGAAGAGUUUUGCAUUAACCAUAAAAAUGGUGAUAUGAAUGUGAUUGAAUUUUAAAAGCCUUGGUUCAAAGUACCCUUGGGUGGUGCUAGUCAGAUUAAUUGAUAAACUAUGAUAUCACCAUUCACCUGCUUUUGUUACCAAAGGACCAUAAAAAUAUGUUUUAAAACGGGUAUCCUCUACAAAAGCGCCAAAUGCAGUAUUCAUAGAGAAGGUGUUAGAAUAUCCUAUAAUAGUGGUAAGAGAAGAGGAUGAUGUAGACAUAAUAGGACCACCUGAUCCAGUUUCAAAU